CCGCGCAGCAGUACUCAAUAUGAAGCAGCACAAUGGGUACAGCUCCUGUACGUGGUGCCUUAUCCCAUGCAUUUAUGUGGACAAUUGUGUGCGGUAAAUAAGUAGCGAGACAGUUCAGGAAAGGACGUCAGACUUGCUAGUCCGAGAUGCGCAGCUUGCCUUGGAACUAGACACUGACAUAAAUGGUGUCAAAGGACCGACACCAAUGAUGAACCUGCCAGGAUUUGAUCUUGUUCGAGGAUGCAGCGUCGAGUACAUGCAUUCAGUGCUGCUCGGGGUGACACGUCAGAUCAAUGAUCACCUCUUUGGUUCAUCCCACUCACUGCAGCGCUAUUACAUAGGCUCUCGUGCAGACGUGUCAAACAUCAAUCGUCUUCUGCUGUCGAUAAAGCCGCCGCACUGCAUCACCAGACUGCCACGAAGCAUCACAGACCGCGUUCACUGGAAGGCGUCAGAGCUAAGAAAUUGGCUGCUGUAUUACAGCCUUCCGUGUACAGCUGGCACACUCCCCAGAGAAUAUUGGAGUCAUCUUGCAAAACUGUCAGAAGCUGUUCAUAUCCUUCUAGGGCAGGAGAUAACCGAGCAAGACAUCUCACAUGCAGAUGAACUUCUGCGCAGCUUCGUUUACCACUGCAUUGGUCUAUAUGGAGAGUCCUUUAUGACGUUCAAUGUCCAUGCCCUGCUGCACCUCGCUGAGUCAGUGAGAUAUCUUGGACCUCUCUGGGCCCACUCCGCGUUUGUUUUUUAGGGAGGAAAUGGCAGGCUGGUGAACUUGGUGUCCGCUGCAAAGGGUGCUCCUCAUCAGAUAACCGAGAGAGUUAUCAUGAACCAAGAGCUCGAAAUUGCUUUGGCAACAGGCGACUUGCCUCUAGAAGAGAAGAUGUUCUGCGAGAGACUUCUCGGGCACUCGCACAUCCACAAUGCCUUCGAUGAUGGGAAUGUGUGCAUGCUGGGAAACGGCCACACAGGGCGACUAAGUUUUGCUCACUUAGAAGCACUAGAAGGCUUCCUUGGCUGCCAACCACAGAGCAUCACGGAAUAUGACAGGUUCAUUUUUGACAGCCAAGUCUUCCAUAGCAGUAGCUACACCAGGCCAUCCAAAAGCGACUGUACCGUGUUUGUAUCUCAUGGUGGUGAGUACUACAAAAUUGAGAAAGUGCUCAAAGUCCAUACUGAAGCUGGUUUGAAAUGCCUGCUCAUCUGCAGAAGCAUUGUUGUGUGUGCGCCUUCACGUUCAUUUCCACCACAUAUAAAAGAGUGCUUUGUAUCUCAACGUGCAGAACUGCAUAUCGUAGGACCUGAGGCUAUCAGAGACAGUUGUGUGUUUAUCUCAUUUAUGGGUGGCCGUUCUUACAUUUGCGACCUCCCAAACAAAAUUGAACGAGAUUGAAUGUUUACAUUAGCAUGUGCUCUUCUGCAACAGAAGCGUCGAAAAGUGGCAUGUCUUUCUGCUUUUGUUUCUUGUAUUUCUUGUUUAUGUUACCAUACUGACGCGACUGAUUGUGACGCAAUGGACAAGAAAUCUGUUUCUUACAGCUGCGCUAUGUUUAGAGUAUCAUGCUUCCCAAUACUGUUGACACAGAGAGACAAAUGACGAAACACACAGAAACCACUGUUUGUCUCUGUGUUCCUGCAUGUAUUUUAGCACUAUUAAUAAUACGAGAUAUAU